AGGAGGGGAGGGGAUGAUCUCCCCGUAUAUCCACUCGAAGCCAAUCGUAGGAUACCGGUAGUGUGUUAUUGUACUCGAGUACUGAUGCUGGUACAGUACCAUGUCCUCGGAAGAGUUAAUGUACGAGUAAUGUGUCAUGCGCUCCGGAGCGCACAGCCCCAUCCCACCAAGUUUUGCACUUUUAUACACUUUUUUCUUUUUUUCUUUUCUUCCUUUUUUUCAUUUUUGCCUUUUCCCUCUUUACGAGUAGUAGUGCGUCCUCCGAUAUAUAGCUACCGUCCACCGCUCUCUGCAAAGGAGAGGUCUUGCGCAAGGCUCCAGUAGCGAGUGUGAGAGAAAACAUGACCAAGAAUUGGGACAGCGUUAAGCUUACGCUACAUGAGUUGUGAGUCCUACGACGGUGGAUGGAUUGAGGGACGUAUUGAGGGACGGAUGGAAUGCUGACAACAAGUGCGGAAAGGUACAUGGAGAAAAACCUCAAGCUCGACGAUAUGAUUCGGAUUAUGAGGGAGUCCUAUGAUUUUAGUGCGAGGUAUAUAAUCUCGUUUCUUUCCCCUCUUUUCCCACCCCCCCUUUUUCCCCUUCCCUACUGUACCAGCACAUUCCGCCGUCCCGCAUACUCUCGUCUCUCCUUCUUGGGCCUUGUGUUAUGCUGCGGUGGGUGGGCCCCCAUGCUGACCAUACACAUAUAGUCCCAGGGGAUACAAGAAGAAAUUCAAACAAUGGGGAUGGUUGAAAAAUGCCCCGGUAGGAUAUAGCCCCUCCCUCCACGGACGAUUUCACCCUCCCCUACGGGAGCGCAUUUCGUUGACGUUCGUAGAGAGAUCCAGCGCGAAGGUCUUCUUCUAGACGAGCUGCCGUGAGUCCGCCGGAUGACAAUUCGGGCCUGGAAAUACUCAGCGAUGUCGCGGCCGGAAGCCAGCACUCGCCAGAAGAAUUUGCGAAUGUUGUGGAUGGCGGGGGAGACUCUGAGGUGUGUUGUUUGUUUUGCCGCAAUAUAUCGCCCUAGAAGUUGGCUUUGGCUGGUUACUGACUUUCGGUCGACCGGAUUGAUUGAUUGGUUAGCCGGUGCAAGCGACCGAUGGAUCGAUUCCCGUAUACCACUACAAUAAGUACUUGCCGAUAAAAAUGGCUCCACAGGUUCCUGCUCAAAUAGGUACUACCGGUGGGAGGGAAUCUCCUGUAAAUACCCUUCCGCAAGCUUCGUCAACGUCCCCGAAGCGGAGGGUGAGGGAACAUGGAGGCAGGCCAGCUACCCAUCCUUACAGCCGGCCACGACAAAACUCGCAGUCGCAGUCGGGACAUCGGCGGGGACUAGGUAGUCUCGAGAGUAUAAACGUAGGUCUCACGGGCAUGGAGAUCGAUCCCACAACUACAGCGGUGACAACCCCUAUAGUAAUGCAUACGCCACCACUACAAUCUCCAUCAUACUCACACUAUAUGUCUUCCUCCUCCCCGAUCCCGCAGCAGACAGAGCAAACCAAGAUUUCGUCGAUCCAGCUAUCGGCUUUCAAAGCCCACGUGAUCGAUCCAUCGCUCGCCGAGUUUCCCACAUAUCGACUCAGCCCUCCGCGUCUGAAGACUGACUUUAUAGACGAGAUAUCGAAUAAAGUGCUGCAAACGGCGCAGAAGUACCAGCAAAAAAAUGACUUCCAUUCAGCCGCCGCGAUACUCCAAUUAGGCCUAAGCAAGAUAACACUUAUGACCGCUGACCCAAACGAGCUAUUUUCCCCGGAGCCGAGCCACGUAUCAUUGGCCCGUGUGAUGGGCGGGUUUGUGGAGAGCGUAUCGUGGGAGAACGUGUGUCUCUUCAGGGGCGGCUUCAUGCUCGCUUUACUUCUGAGCACGAAUUACGAGAAAAUCGGGGACAUGCAUGUGGCCAUAUACGUUCUCGAGCAGACCUUGAAAGCCGUGCUCAUGUCCCGAGUCGGAAUACUGGCCGCUGGUGAGGACGAGGAAGGAACGCUCGAAGGCAUGUUUGAAUUUGCGGACGAGGACUGCAGCAGGGUACUCCAGUCCAUAGUACGGAUUCGAGAGCUGAAAGAGGGGGGUGAUGUAUUGGAGCACAAAGCUAUCAUGGCCGGAACCUUCGGCAUACUGGAGCGUUUUCUGGCAGAUUGGGAAGGGGCGUUCGGGGUCCUUGGCGUGUUAAACCUGGGCGAGUUCCUCGACGGCCUACUAGGCCUUGCGAAGAGGCACAAGAUGGAGCCGGCGGCAGUUGGGCAGCUCAGGCAGAUCCUCUCCAGGGCAGAGAAGGUGCUCGUGUCGGGUGGCGGUCCAAUUGGUGUCGCUGGGGACAGCGAGAACUUCCGCUGGAUUUCGGCACGGUACUUCUCCAGGAUUUCGAGGAAGCUGUCGGCGCUGUAUGAGUUAUCCGGGCAGUCCCUCGCGGGGAUUCACCUGCUCAAGCGGGCAGCCCGGAUAGUCGGGAGUAACCAUGACGGGCGCCCGUCCAGGAAGGAAAAGCGGGAGAUGUUUGAGGCAACGAAAGCCCAGGCGCGGCUACAGGAGAAUAGUGGCCUCUGGGAGGCGGCAGAUAAAGCGUGGAAGCAGCUCCGGGGCGUGUUAGACGAACGGGAGGAUUUUGAAUUGACUCUGAAGGCGGACGUAGCUAUCGCCGAACUCUUCGCUAGGAACGGAAGACAGGCUGAGGUGUUGGUGUUCUUGGAACAUAGGAUUAACGAGUGCUUGAGGUAUAAGAUGCUUGAACAGCAGCCGCCCAGUACCCAAGCGGCGCUCGAUGACGCCGAGCCAAUAUUUUUGGCCGUCUUGGCUCUGGCAAAGUUAAGGCUUUCUGGGACGGGGGCCGUGGCUAAUACUCCGCCGGCUCUACAGGCGUAUUUCAAUUGGCUGCUCAGCAUUAGGGGGUUGGAUGGGAGCGAGAAAAUUGCCAUAGCACAUAAAACUCUAGAACUGCUCACAGAAUUACAGCCCAGCCAUCCGAACCUAGCCUGCGCAGGCUUAAUUAUGUACGACGGAUUUCUCCCGGGAUUCAUCGACCUCCGCAGCACUACCGCCCCAUCACUACCACAAAAUGCCUCCCACCAUGCCGCCAUCCUCCGCUUCUUGUCCCUAAUCUACAACACCGCUGGCAAGGACGACCAGCCGAGGCCCACAAUCUCCCACAUUGUAGCCGCAUUGUCAUUACUCUACGAAACGCACCUAUCCAGGGCCCAGACAAGCACCGAGAUACUCCUCUACGUCCACAACCUAACCUCUGUCAUCUGCAGCUCCUCUAAGGGCCGUGUAUGCGAGGAGUGCAAAGUGGAUGAAUUCACCACAGCAGUGGCACUAGCAGAGCACUACGAGAGCCAGGGCGCGGCUCGAGAUGGCGCACGUGUAAUAGCGCAAAUCAUCGACGAGGCAGAGCCCGAGUUCCUGAUCCCGGCAACGAAAGGAUGGGUAGGCUUCAGCUGGCUGAAGGUUCUCGUGCGCAUAGCAAAGUUUUACAUCCGCCAGGGGCAGUCCGUCGCCGCAGUGGAUAUCCUCGAACGGGUACACAGGGCCAGCGUUGAACUGGGCGAUUGGGACCGACGGGAUCCGACCAGGAAAGCGGAACAGUUUGGGGUUUUCGACGAGAGCCGGAGGUUAUUGAUGGAGUUUGAGCCCGCUUCUGUACUUUGUAAGUGUGUAUGAAUAUUAGGUUUACACGAUCGCCACCCGUUUUUCUUCUUUUCUUAUCUGUGAUGGCCUGGAUGGAGUUUGGAACCUUGUACGAUAGGAUAUUAUGAUAUAGGCGUGCCGUGCCGCGUUGGCGGAGAUAUGAUGUCGAUGAACCAGACCAAUUAAGCUUUUUGGGCUAGGACUCGAGUGACGAUGUAUGAGGGGCAGGGGUAAGGGCACGGAGCUGAGGCCUAGGGCGAUCGCUGCCGGAAUCAUGGUGGAGCCGCAUUCCGAAAAAAAUUACGAGUCGAAAAUUGGCCAUCGCAACCCAUCCCUUCCCUUUUGCCCAUGAUAUCUUGGCAUCCCCUUUUUCCUGUGCCGCUGUACGAGUACCGUACUGGAGGACCGGUAACAGGUACGGGUGCACGAAUGGCACGGAAGGAUUGUCGCACUUGAGCGAUCAUCUCCUGCUGCUGUUCUGCCCUUAACCGUGCCGUCGCAAUCCAUCUACCGAUACUGUGCUCGAGUGCCGGCACGUCGGCUAUGUCAUGCACCGUGCCCCACAGUACGGUAUAGUACGAGUACAGUAACCUCUCCGGACCUUCGUAUACUCUGUGGUACUGCACCCGCUAGCACCCCACUAGCUCUCCCUCACUCGCUCACUCAUUCACUCGUUCAUUCACUCCGGGGUUCUUUUCCCCUAAUUUUUGUGGCGCCCAACGUUCAUUCCUUUUUCCCCCCUUACCCACCCCCGGGAGGUCGUGUUGGUGGUAUUGUGCUUUCUCGCUUCCUCUCCUUUUUUCUUCGAAUGUCCUCCCUUUCGUCCGCACGCUCGUUUUACCGUCCCGGGUCAACUUCCAUCGCAAUGGUACCCGCCCGCGAUCGCGGUUUUCUGGCAAACCUCCGGCCCUAUUAUUAUCGGAGUGGGAAACGGAAGGAGUGGAAGAGCGCCCUGUUUUCUGUACGGAGGCUGGUGGAGGCUGCGUGGAUUGUUGUUCUUUGGUGGGGUGAGAGGAGUGUUUUCAAGAGUACGAUAGAGGCUUGCCAAUGGGAUGGGUGGGAGGAUUGGGUAUUCCCCCCUUGAGACCUUCCAGGGGAGAGAGUGUGUGGGAGCUUGUUGGCUGACAAUCGGUAGCCUGAGGGUGCUAUGCCCCAUCGGGUGGUCCUAAUAGCUGAUCCGCAGCUCGUCGAUCCGCACACUUACCCCCGCCGUGGACCACUCCUGUCUGCGACGAUAUUUUAUACGGAUCGGUACAUGUCACGGUCGUACGAGACUAUCCAGGAGCGGCUUUCUCCUUCCACGACGGUAUUCCUGGGUGAUUUAUUCGACGGCGGACGGGAAUGGACACACGAGCAGAGCUCGCUCUACGCUCAGGAUCACCGGUUGCACGAGGACUUGAUCCCCAUUACUGAAGACCCCCGGGGAGCAAAGGAUUGGAAGGAUUACGAUGACAGCUACUGGAUGGGCGAGUACAGGCGGUUUUUGAAGAUUUUCCCGAGCUGGCCCUACCGAAGGACUGUCAAAACAUUACCAGGGAACCACGACUUUGGUAUGGGAAACGGUAUCCGAGAGGGGGUGAAGGAUAGGUUCAGAACAUACUUUGGCGAGACAAGUGGGGUAUUGGAAGCAGGCAAUCACACCAUCGUACUAGUUGAUUCUGUCUCUUUAUCAAACGAUAACAAUCCAAAGAUCUACCUGCCAGCGCGAGACUUCCUCGACAGCCUCCCAGAUCUCUUAACAACCGCGCCGUCACAAGCCCUCCUCCCGCACGUCAUCGAAGAAGCGGCAAAUCCUCUACCCUCAUCCCCGGAACCAGACUCCAUCCCUCAAAACCCUACAAUCCUCCUGACCCAUGUCCCCUUGUAUCGCCCCGCCAACACUCCCUGUGGCCCGCACCGGGAAUCUAAAGACCCAAUCCUCAUUCACGCCGGUUAUCAAUACCAAAACGUCCUCCAACCGGCGCUUUCCUCGGAAAUCCUGCAGAAGACGAACGCCAAGUACGUCUUCUCCGGGGACGACCACGAUUACUGCGAAGUCGAGCACGCUGGGAACAUCAAGGAGGUUACUGUCAAGAGUUUCUCCUGGGCGAUGGGCGUGCGGAGGCCGGGGUUCUAUAUGGUCAGCUUGUACACUGGAAAUGCGUCGCCGGAUACGGAGAGUGUUCAAGGGAGACUUUGUCUGCUCCCGGAUCAGUGGGGGGUAUUUAAUGCUUACAUUUUCAUGCUCCUGGUCACGGUUCUUGCUGGCGUGUUUGAUUUCCGGAGGAGCAGAAGGGUUGCAUCGAACCGUAGGGGGAACGUGUUACCGAUGUCAAAAGGAUUUGGAGAUACCUUGAACGCGUACGGGCAGUCAAACCUGAAAAAUAAUGACUGGUGCGAUGACGAAGACGGUGAUUUCAAGUACUCCAAGAGAAAACAGUAUUCUGCCGGGUGGAAAGCGUGGGUGGCAUACGUCGUUUGGGAGGUCUUGUCGGUCGCUGUGGUGGUGUUUGUAUGGUAUGCAUGGUUGAUCUGGCGCUGGUGAGUGGCCUGCUGCACGGAAUAAGUGAAAGCGGAUAGUUCUUCCAGAGUAAGUAGAGUUCGUAGGGUAGCGGGUGGGAGACGUACGAUUGGUUUUUGGCUGGAUCGGAAUACGAUGGGUCUCAAUUAUUUCGGUUAUAGUCUUCUACACAUUUAUUUAUUAGGAUUCUGGCUUUGACAAGGGUUUUCUUAUUUCCUGUGUCGAGUGAUCUUUUGUGAUCGGGUGUUGUUGGGGUUCGAUUCUAUACUUGUGCUCGACCGGAGCAGGAACUAUUAUUGGCGAGGAGUGGGGUCUGCAUGGCUGUGCCGAGAGCGGCGAUAGUGAUAGUAGCGAUAAUAUAGGCGCUAGUCCCAAAAUAUAUUUCCGUUACUUACG